GUGAAGUGAAUGGAUAUUCAAAGUAAAAUUACCCACCAAAUUCUCAUUGCUCUCAAUUAUUACUUCCAUACCCACUUCGACAUUAUCCUUUUUUGUGACCAUGCUGCUGAUAAAGCACGACAAGUCGUUUCAUAAUCUUUAUGUGCUUAUUGUGCUUCUGUUGCUCAUGAAACUUGCUCCUGGGUUCAUUUCUGGAGUGGAAGGGGCAGCUUUCGGGUGCAUAGAGAGGGAGAGACAAGCCCUUCUCAAGUUUAAAGAAGACCUUAUUGAUGACUUUGUUCUUCUUUCAACAUGGGGAAGUGAAGAAGAGAAGAGGGAUUGCUGCAAAUGGAGAGGAGUUGGAUGCAACAAUCGAACUGGUCGUGUUACUCAUCUUGAUCUGAGUGGCCUUAACCUUAGUCAGACGAUUGACUGGCUGCAAUUGCCUAACAGGCUCCCUCACUUACAUGAAUUAUUGUUAAGUUCUUGUGGCCUUUCAAUUAUCGGUUCUCCGUCUCUUUCUCUUGUAAACGCCUCUAAAUCUCUUGCUAUCGUUGAUUUCUCUGGUAACCAGCUUACAUCUUCAAUAUUCUAUUGGUUGGCCAACUUCGGUAACAGCCUUGUUGAUCUUGACCUCUCACAUAACCAUUUACAAGGUUCAAUUCCAGAUGCUUUCACGAACAUGACUUCGCUUAGGAUUCUUGAUCUAUCCUCUAACCAAUUACAAGGCGAUUUGAGUUCAUUUGGGCAGAUGUGCAGUUUAAAUAAAAUGUAUAUAAGCGAAAACAAUCUCAGUGGAGAGCUGUCUCAGUUGUUUGGAUGCGUGGAGAGCUCACUAGAGAUUCUACAACUAGAUAGAAAUCAGCUUCAUGGUUCAUUGCCUGACAUCACAAGAUUCACUUCCAUGAGAGAGCUGAAUCUCUCUGGGAAUCAACUGAAUGAAUCUUUACCAGAACAAUUUAGUCAACGUUCUGAACUUGUUUUGUUGUACUUGAAUGACAACCAACUCACUGGAUCACUUCCGGAUGUUACGAUGCUUUCAUCAUUGAGAGAGUUGGUGAUUGCCAACAAUCGCUUAGAUGGGAAUGUUUCUGAAAGUAUUGGAAGCCUAUCUCAGCUCCAGAAAUUGGAUGUUGGAUGGAAUUCCCUACAAGGUGUGAUGUCUGAAGCUCACUUUUCAAAUCUCUCCAAAUUAACGGUAUUGGAUUUAACUCAUAACUCCCUAACUUUGAAAUUUGAGUCUAAUUGGGCUCCCACUUUUCAAUUAGAUGACAUAUCUCUUUCGUCUUGUAAUUUGGGUCCUCCUUUCCCUCAAUGGCUUCGAAAUCAAAAUAAUUUCGUGCAGCUAGAUAUGUCGAACACCGGAAUUUCAGAUGCAAUCCCAAAUUGGUUUUGGAACUUGUCCCGUUCCAACUUGAAAUUGCUAGACCUUUCUCACAACAAGAUGAGUGGAUUUUUGCCAGAUUUCUCAUCAAAAUAUUCCAAUCUCCGCAGCAUAGAUUUGAGUUUCAACCAGUUUGAGGGUCCAUUACCACUUUUUUCAUCAGAUACCACAUCAACCUUGUUUCUCUCUAACAAUAAGUUUUCAGGUCCAGCUUCUUUUCGAUGUGAAAGUGGAAGUGGUAUCUUGAGGGUCCUUGACCUCUCAAAUAACCUGUUGACUGGAUGGAUUCCUGAUUGUGUAGGAGAUCUAGAUGUUCUGAAUUUGGCCAGCAACAACUUUUCAGGUAAAAUUCCCAGCUCGAUUGGAUCAAUGCUCAAACUUCAAACAUUGAGUUUGCAUGAUAAUAGCUUUGCUGGAGAAUUACCUUUGUCUUUGAGGAAUUGUAGUUCUCUAGUAUUUUUAGACCUGAGCUCAAAUAAGUUGCGAGGAGAAAUACCAGGUUGGAUAGGAGAAAGCAUGCCAUCUCUGAAAGUCCUUUCCCUACAUUCUAAUGGAUUCAGUGGAAGCAUACCACCAAAUCUUUGUCACCUAUCAGAUAUUCUGAUCUUGGACCUAUCUGUAAAUAAUAUCUCAGGAAUCAUUCCAAAGUGUCUUAAUAAUCUCACUUCCAUGGUUCAAAGAACAGACAGGUCUGACACAUACAAGAGCCUUUGCUGGUCUAACCCUUACAAGAGACUUUACACGGCACUAGGUAGCUAUGUUGAAUAUCAGAAUGAGAUCCGUGUUAGAUUGAAAGGAAGAGAGUAUGAUUAUCGAAGCACGCUAGGACUUUUGAGGAUCAUUAAUUUUGCAAGAAAUAAAUUAGUAGGUGAAAUUCCAGAAGAAAUAACAGGACUCUUAUUGUUGGUAGCACUGAAUUUAUCCGGAAAUAAUUUGACUGGAGAAAUCCCUCGAAAGAUUGGACAGUUGAAACAGUUGGAAUCACUUGAUUUGUCAGGAAACCAAUUAUCAGGACUGAUUCCUAUCACAAUGGCUGAUCUAAAUUUUCUGGCUUUCUUGAACCUCUCCUACAAUCACUUGUCGGGGAGGAUUCCGUUAAGCACUCAGCUGCAAGGCUUUAAUGCUUCACAAUUUACCGGUAACCUUGCAUUGUGCGGGCUGCCACUCUUACAGAAAUGCCCUGGAGAUGAGACGAAUCAAAGUCCACCUGCUAAUGAUGACAACCGAGGCAAAGAAGUCGUCGCUGAUGAAUUCAUGAAAUGGUUUUGUACUGCUAUGGGAAUUGGUUUUAGUGUAUUCUUUUGGGGAGUUUCAGGCGCUUUACUGCUAAAACGUUCCUGGAGACAUGCCUAUUUCCGGUUCUUGGAUGAAUCAUGGGACUGGCUCUAUGUGAUGGUAGCAGUGCGCAAGGCACGACUUCAACGAGCCUUUCAGAGGCUGCACGAGCACGUUCUUGCUUAGAAGGAUUGCAAGGGGCUGCAGCUGGGUGCAUAACAGGUCCUCUUUGUCCAAGGAGUUCAUAUUGUUAGUGCACGUGUUUGCUGGAGCUAUAUCGUCCUUUACGUUGGCAACUUCAUCGUCGUCUACUACUACAAGUUUGAAAUAAGGUUCCAUUGGAGAACUCUUAGUACACCUGCUGGGUUUUAAGGGAAACUAUGAAAGUGAUUAUGUAAUAUAUUAUGGAAUUUCAAAGUUGGUUUUUAUGUGAAUUUCAUUUGGAAAGUUUUUG